AUGAAUACAUUUGAAGAACUUGUAUGUUCCUCUUCUUUGGCUGGUGAAUUUGAACAAUACGCACUGCGUCUGUCAGCAGUCAUCAUUUUUUUCUCCCUUACAGCAUUUCUUGGGAAUUCUCUGAUCUUAGUUGCACUUCACAAGGUGUCUUUCCUUCAUCCGCCGUCCAAACUCCUGUACCGUUCUCUGGCAACAAGUGAUCUGUUGGUUGGUCUCGUAAGCCAGCCUCUCGCUGCCACUCUUUGGAUGUCAGUUGUUUUCGAAGAGUGGAGACUUUGUCGAUUCGCAUGGGUAGCAGCCUUCAUUUCAGGGUAUGGAUUAUCUCUUAUGUCUUUGUUGACAAUGGCAGCCAUGAGCGUGGACAGACUUCUCGCCCUGUUGUUGGGGCUGAGAUACAAACAAAUUGUAACUUUGAAGCGCACAUAUAUCAUUGUCGUUACUCUUUGGGUUGUAACCUUUGUCGCUACUCUAUGCAACGUGUUAGAUUCUCGUAUAGCGCCUUGGUUUGGUCGAAUUGUCAUCUCAUGUUGCCUAUUAAUCUCGAUUGCUUCAUAUGCUAAGAUUUUCUGUGCUCUUCGCCGUCAUCACGCUCAGGUACAAAGUCAUGUUCAACAACAGCCGAGCCAACCAAAUGCAUUGAACAUGGCGCGAUACAAAAAGGCAGUGUACAGUGCACUGUGGGUGCAGUUAGUGUUACUUGCUUGUUAUGUACCAAUGAGUGUAGUGGGAAUUUUGAUGGCUCAUAUAAAAGGAGAUUCAUCACAUUUAGUCGUCGCUCUUGGAAUAGUGAAUACCCUGGUUUAUUUUAACUCGACUUUAAAUCCGUUUCUUUACUGCUGGAAGAUUAGUGAAGUAAGAAGAGCAGUUAAGCGGACAAUCAGACAAGCGCUUUGCUGUCCACGGGGUUAGUUCUUCCAUUAUACUCUUACCUAGUUGUUUCAAGCAAGUAUGUAACGUGACGACGCUAUUAGAUAACGCAUCCUGUCGGGUAUAUCAUUGAAUAGGAAGAAGUAAGAAGCUUAAUGAAGUCGCUGCACAAAGCUGAUUAGAUAUUCUCAUCAUGGAUGAACAUGGCUCAUUUUGUGCAUGAAAAAGCAAAAAUCAUGGAAUAUACACGUUAACGAUAUCGUAGGAAUUUAAGAAUGGUAUUUAUCUUAACUGAGGGAGGCGUUUGACUACAGCUGGCUUGAUACGAAAAAAAUUCCUUAUCUUAUUAACAACCAGUGGCUUCAAUCGCGGCUUCUGUGGAUAAAGUUUAUUUCCAAGUGCACGUAUAGCUAAAGGCCAGAGAGUCGUAUCACUAACGGCAAUACUUGGGACAAGUAAGUUUUAUGCGACGGCAGUUAUUUUGAAUACAACAAAUUAUGAUUUGAUCGACAUAAAAAAUGCCGUCCACGCAAGGUAGGGCAAAAAACGGGAAGCUAGUUUGAUUUUACUUACUCGUUUUACAAUCUUAGUGGUACGAAAGUACAUGUAUAGGAUAAAAUUGAUUGUGAAAGGGUAGUGAAGGAGUGACUUUUAAGUUCUUAUCUAACGGAUGGUGAAAUAAUUUCAAAUUUUUAACCUCACUACAUGAAAUAAAGCGUUUGACUUUGACUCAAUAUUACCGCGUGAACCGUUCAAAGUAAGGCUUGUUAAAGACACGAAAUCGUAAUUUUGAGCGAAAAAGUCCAUAAUGCUUAUCAAUGUGUGAUGAUACUUCUAUAAACUGUAAAUAGCUAGUAAGUAAGCGAAUGAGAAACAGUUUAACAUUACAGGCUCUUACUAAGAAUUCUUAAAUAUUUUGUUGCUUAAAAUUUAUCAUCAAAUUACUAAUGAGGACCAAUUAAUGGUAAAAUUACAAUGUCCUAAGAUAAUUCUCUUAACGAUUGUCGUUUGUUUCUGAAAAUUUAUUAUUAAUCAUCAAUUAAUCGUAAUCAUGUUUUGAUUACUAGUGUACUCAAUGGGUUAUAUUGAUAUGAAACUCACUGAUAAGUUAGAAGGAAACUUACUAUCAAUACUGAAAAGUGUUGUAGCAAAAUAAAUGGUAUGCUUCAUAAAAAAUGUAGGGGCCGGUUAUUUACACAAUGUCUAAUCUAAACCAUGGUUUUUAUGCAAGCAGUGAAAAGUAGGUGUUCUCUAUAAGAGGGUAGAUAAAACAUAAUAAAUGUCCUUCCUUUAUUAGAUCUCGACCCUCUAGAUACUAUUCGCAAAAAUUUAUACCAAGAUAAGAGGUUCAACUAAAUUGAAGAUGGCUUAGAACGCAGUUUUGUAAAACAACGACUAAACUUUGUCUAAAGAACUUUCGUGAGGCUAGUAAACAUUUCAGACACUUUAUUCUUGAAGAAAUCCCUUCAAUAUUGAACAGCUAAUAUUUUGUUUGAUGGCAAAAUAUUUCGCAAAAGUAGAGAAGACUUAUAUUUAUAGCAUUUUUUUGGUAGAUAGAUGGUCAAAAUGGUGCCAAUGGACUCACCAACUUGUAAGAAGCUCAUUGAUAACAUUGUUUGAAUCAAUGAAAACCCGGAAAGAUUUUUCGUGCAAAUGAAGACAUCAUCUAGAACACAGGUGAUGAGAAAGGAUUGUUUUUAUUUUGAGGGUGUUUAUCAUUACCCAACACCAGAUUAUCAUAACCAUUUCACAAAGAAAGCUGCAGAAAUAGCAAAGGAGAACUAUACAAGCAUCUCCUGAUGACGAUCGAACUAAGAAACAUCUCACCAAGGUAGAACUAAAUAUUGACUCGAGAUUUCGUUUUUAUCAAAAAUCCUGACAUGGGAAAUAUGAAAUCAAGGAUUUCUAACCAAACAACAAUUUGUGGUGAAUGGCAUUGAUUAAACGUUUUACUUUACUAACAUCAAACCUGAUUAUUGCUGUUUCUCGUAAAGUUCUCUUUUAAGGAUCAAUCGUUUGUAAAAAACAAAACUUUACAAAAUGAUCAGAAGAAAAUCAGACCUACUCAUCAAAAGAAGGGCUUUAAAAAAAAUGGCUCACCAUUUUUUUUUUGAAAAAAUGACAAUAUUCCCGAGCAUUUCAAACGUGUAAACGCGAUUGAAAAAAGUUUUUCAUAUGAUGAUUCAUUCAUUCAUAUGAUUAUUCAUAAUAAUUAUUCAUAUGAUUAUUAAGUUUCAGUGAUCAAAGCAGUUUAAGUGAUUUCAAGGCUGGCAGGUGCUCUCUAGACGCAACAUUUUAUGCUGCAAUCACACGUAAUCUGAAGGAAAGAACAAAACGACAGCAGAAUGAUGGCGGAAACAAAUCUAACCAAAGAUGGAGCACAGACGAACGCAUUUGAAGAUUUUCGGUGCUCCCCUUUUUUGGCAGGUGGAUUACAACCACAAUCAAUCCAUUUCUCAGCUUCAGUUUACAUUAUCCUCUCCAUUACAAUAUUUCUUGGGAAUUCUCUUAUCCUUGUUGCCCUUCACAAGGAAUCUUCCCUUCACCCGCCGUCCAAACUCUUGUAUCGUUGUCUGGCAACGACUGACCUGUUAGUUGGUAUUUUUAGCCAGUCUAUGAUGGCUACUUAUUUCAUGUCCUUGGCUAACGAUAACUGGAGUCUUUGUCGAUACGCAAGCGACGCCACCUUCACAACAAAGCUACACAUUUGCGGAGUGUCUUUAUUUAUAAUAAUGUUGCAAGAUGUUGCGUUGAAAUAUUGCGUGCGUGUGGCCGGGCCUUAAGAAAUAAGGGUUUGAGUGAUCGUGACCGGCCAGGUGCCGUUGAUAGGAAAUACCUGUCGUUUCAAAUACAGGUAACUAGCGGGGAAAAGAAAACGACCGUAUAUUGAACUGCAUGGCGACAACUAAUUAUAUAGGAGGUGUAACACAAAGGAACACCAGGUUUGGAAAGUGGCUUUUCAACCUUUCUGGCUGAUGAGUUGCCGGCAUCAAUCAGCCAUUUCCUUCUCUGCGGUGUACUUUCUCCUCCCAUCACAGCAUCUCCUAGCAAUUCUCAUGUCCUUGUUAUAAACAGUUUUCAACUUGAAUUUGUUUUGUCAUUAGAAAAAUAUUCACAUUGCCUAUGAAUGUUUGAAAAUGUCAUUGAUAAUAACAAACAUUGUGUAAGGGGGUGUAUGGAUUUAAAUAAACACUUUCCUUUUCUUAAUUAAUUCUUUCCAAAACUUCCAAUUUUCCGAGAUUAAACGUAAGACUCCAUCUUCUCCACUCAGCUAAAGGUGAAUUUCUACCCGAGAAGACGACGUUUAAAAUAAUUGUGAAAUACUGCUAGUAUCAAAGAUGUCUGUCUGUACGUUUGACUCUUAAAGCUCAUUUGUUCUUAUUUUGGUCACGUUUCCUAAUGAUCUUUCAUCGAUAGAGAGCUAGUCAAGUGUCCAUAUCAUCUGUAUAAAAUUUUGCAUCAAACCAUUAAAAUGUAAAUGAAUUCUAAUAUUAAAAAGAAGCUUAAAUCUGAGGGGUUCCGGAAAAAAGCAAUCAACUCUUUGGCACAACAGACAAUUUGUUUACGCACUUUGAACAAGCAAACGCUGAUGAGGAAGUCUCUAUGUGUUUAUUGAAGGAAGGUUCAGUCAUCGUUGCACAGCUUGGGGUGUUUAAACGAAAUAUUUCUCAUUGCCAGUUGCCUCAGUACAAGAAAAAGGAAACGAUUACAGAACAAUGUCGACAACAAAGUUCACUAGGAGUGGAACACAGACGAAAACAUUUGUAGAACUGUUAUGCACCCCAUCUUUUGGAGGUGGAUUACAUGAAAUAUUUACUUUUUUCUCAGCAGUGCACAUUCUCCUCUCCAUCACAGCAUUCCUUACAAAUUCUCUCAUUCUUGUUGCCCUUCACAAGGAAUCUUCCCUCCACCGACCGUCCAAACUCUUGUACCGUUCUCUGGCAACAACUGACCUGUUGGUUGGUCUUGUUGCCCAGCCUCUCUAUGCUACUUAUUGGAUGUCCUUAGUUCAGGAACACUGGAGCCUUUGUCGAUACGCAUUUGACGCAGCCUAUAUCACGGGCUCUGCAUUGUUUUUAACGUCUUUGAUGACGAUGACGGCCAUAAGCGUAGACAGACUUCUCGCCCUGUUGUUGGGGCUGAGGUACAAACAAAUCGUAACUUUGAAGCGCACAUAUAUCAUUGUAGCUACCAUCUGGAUUUUAUCUCUUGUCACUUCUUUAUGCGCUUUACUUGAUGAUCGUAUAACUUUUUGUACCGUCUCAUAA